CUCAUGCAAACCCUUCUGCAGGCAUUCAACAUCUACAUGAAAAUACACACACACUGUUCUGAAACCAUCAGUCUGAUCAGCACAGUAACAGACCCCAAACACACCCACUCCUGAUGGUCUAACUCUCAAGCUGAGUGAAGGGGGAUUUUCAGAGAAUGACUAUAGAGUGUGACUUCCUUUUCAACUAACAUACCGGGAGUAUUCUAGAACAGUAGCCCUCAUCAAAGGAAGUCUCUUUCUCUCUUCUCUACUCUUCUCUGUGUCUUGGUGAGUCUAGCUAGCUACUAGUCAGUCACAGAGAGAUUGGGAGGACGUACAGCCAGAGGAAACAGACAACAUACAACGCCUAACAGAGAUGUCUGGUGGUCCCCUCUCCUCCUUCUCCAAACAGGGAAUACUCCUACUCUCUAUCCUACACUAUGGGACCUGGGCUGAUGUCCCUCCAACGGACCAGUAUGGGUUGAAGGGAGGUUCGGUAUGUCUGGCUGUUGCAGAACCCCCUGAUCAACUAAAAGGAAUUAUAUGGAAGUUCCAAAAGGAUGUAAUAGUGGUUGAUAAAGACAUCUCUCCUAAAUACAAGGAGAAGGUAGAUUAUAACCCAGUGAACCACACUCUGUGCAUUAAGAAUCUGACGGACACAGACAGUGGAAUUUACAUUGCAAAUGCAAAGAAAAUAGAUUGGACAGAUUCAACGUCUUCAUACAAACUUAAGAUGUUGGGUGAGUUUAGUGAUUUUGUUGUGUUUUGGUAGUCUGCUAUGUGUUUCUGUUUUGCUUGGAAAAGCUCAUCUCAAUUAAAGUGUCUUCACCAGUCAUACAUGUAAAAUGUGUUGUAGAAGCUGUUCCCAUUCCAGCCAUGCAGGUCACCUACUCCAACUCAAGUACAGGACUUUGUAACAUCACAGUGAAUUGUUCAGGCUGGAUGUUUUCUGUCUGUGAUGGAGGUCAGUGCCCACUGUACCAGGAUUCUCUGUCAGUCUCUGAGGUCAACAUCACCGUCUCCAGUGGUAAUGGAUUCAUCCAGUGUAUCGUCAACAAUCAYGUCAGUGCAGAGACCAAAUCACAACGCAUGAAGGACAUAUGUAUUGGUGAGAAGAAGGGGAUCGCUGCAGCAUCACUAGUUGGCAUCAUUGUGGGCAUUGUUACUGGUGGAUUAUUCUUAGUUGGUGCAGGAUGCAUCAUAUCAACCAGAAGAAGGCGAUCMCCUAAAGAAAUACUGCUACUGAAGGCCGUUGUUCCAGAAGUUGACAACCCAGUGAGCACUAUACCAGGAAGACCAGAACCACAGAACACCCCUGGAUCUGAGGUGACAUCUAUCUACGUUACUGCAGGAAGACCAGAACCACAGAACACCCCUGGAUCUGAGGUGACAUCUAUCUACGUUACUGCAGGGAGACCAGGAGCAGUACCAGCAGCAGCAGGAGGAGAAGAGGGGCAUCCAGUGAACAAGGAGUACACUUCACCAGAAGAGAGGAAAGAACCACAGUCCCCCCCACAAGCAGAGACAUUCUACAGCACCCUACAGAUACCAGCUGCAGCACAGCGCCACCCAGUGGGCAAAGGAAAUAAUCUAAAGAAACCAGACACGGUGUACUGCACAAUAGGAGAUUACCCCUCCAUCCUUCUCAGAGACCCACUGAUGUUACAUUGAUUAAGAUUUAACCCAUAGACUCAGGUACAGAAUGCAAACACAGGGGAAAUUAUGAAGGAGAGAGAAUCGUGAUAAUGGCUUUUUACAUUUGUUGUCUAAUUUCAUCCAUAUUUAAAGUGGCAAUCUGCAAUUCCUACGUACUUUUGAAUUAAUUGUAUAUGACUAUUGAUCCAUGCAGAAUACAACAUAUGCUUGUUUAACUCCAUUGUUUGUAAAAACUGUAUUUGUAAAACAAUUGGUGGCAGGGUACCCGAGUUGUUAUUAGUUAGACUGCAGAUUUCCCCUUUAGCGAUAGAAAGUAUGUAAAACAGUCUUAUUGUCUGUAAACGAAAAUGAAAACAUGCAGAUUAAUACAGUAGUGCUAUACAUGCUUUAAAAAAGUGUUUAUAUACAAAUCAGCUGUUUGAAAAUGGGAAGCCCAUCCAUUCAAUCAAUCAAAUCGACCAAUCAAUCAAUAAAUACAUAAACCAAUCAUUCAAUUAAUAAAUAAAUCAA